AUAAAAGAGAAAUUGAUGGUUAAAAGUUCCCGCCAGGCAUGAUUUGAAACUGGGAAGCAUCGUGGGAUGGGAGUUCAAUAAAAUUGAUGAGUGAAGGGAUGAAGUGAAGCAAAAGUAGAAGCAGAGCAGAAACAGAACAGAAGCAUGAGCACCAAUUCCAAAGCAGUUAAGGGCACGGGUUUUCCUCUUCCUCGCUGCCCCUCCUCAAAUUCAAAUGCAUCAUCUUCUUCACUUGAUCUCUGGUCACAAAUCAUCGCCGCUGAACCCCCCCAACCCCAACGAAUCGACGUCGUUUACCGGAGAAGACACCCUCGCAACCCCCACAACCAAACCAACUCAAACCCUUCCGAUCCUCCCCUGCCGCGUCCUACUCGGCCGAGUUUGGAUCCUAACAAGCGAGUCAGUUGGAAUCGUUCGCUUUCCUCCAGAGGGAGGACUAGUAUUGCUGUUGGUGCUUGUAUGGUUUACCAGCCUCAGUUGAAGAAGGACAAAAGGAAAGGAAAGCCUGCACUUCCCAAAGGGAAGCUUGUGCAACCUCCGAACGUUGAGAAGGAGAAGUUAUACUUUGAAGAGGUUGAUGCUUUUGAGUUGUUGGAGGAAAGCCCCUCACCCAAGAAAAGCACAUGGAUCACUGGUGAUAUAACACAAGAGGGACCAUUGCCAACUAUAUGCUCCAGAUUAGAAAAAUGGUUACACUCCAGAAGGUUGAACUCCUCCUACGGUCCCUCGACCACACUGUCCAAAAUACUAGAUGCUUCAUCCACGCGUUUGGAAGGUAUUCAAGAUAUUGAUUUUAGCACUCCUGAAUUGAGAAUACUGGAAACAAAUGAGAAAAACAGAUCACUACUGCAAACCAUUAAAACUGGAGAUAGCAUUAAAACUGGAGAUAGGAAAACUUCUGUUGGAAAUGACAUUCAUCAGCAACAAACAAAUGAAAAGAUGCUGUUUGCUCAUAGUGGUGAAGGAUGUGAAGAUAUUAAUGCUGCCGUUACGAAACUUUCUCUGGCAUCAACGUCAUCUUCGAUUGACAAUGACCACAUUAGUCCAUUUUCCGCUUUAUUAGCAACCUGUGGACAGUCUGCGCCUUCACUGUUACAAGAUAUCUUUUCUAGUGUCUCAAAAACUAUUGUGAAAGUUGGUGAAGGAACGUUUGGAGAAGCCUUCAAGGUUAAUAACUAUGUCUGUAAAAUUGUUCCAUUUGACGGGGACUUCAGAGUGAAUGGGGAAAUACAAAAGAGAUCUGAAGAAUUACUAGAGGAGGUGCUUCUCUGCAAAACUCUCAAUUUAUUGAGAGGAAAAGAAGGAGCUUCUGAUAAUUUAUGCAGCGCAUUUAUCGAUUGCAUAGAAUUUAGAGUAUGUCAGGGACCUUAUGACGAGGAACUAAUUCGAGCAUGGGAAGAUUGGGAUCUAAAGCAUGGUUCAGAGAAUGAUCAUCCAAAAGAGUUCCCAGAUAAACAGUGUUACGUGGUGUUUGUACAAGAACAUGGUGGCAAGGAUCUUGAAGGUUUUGCCCUCCUGAAUUUUGACGAGGCAAGGGCAUUACUGGCUCAGGUUACGGCUGGUCUUGCUGUGGCUGAGUCUGCGUUUGAAUUUGAACACAGAGAUCUUCACUGGGGAAAUAUACUUGUGGGCCGAAGUGAUUCUGAAGCGUUGCAGUUCACUCUCGAUGGCAGGAAGAUGUUAGUCAAAACGUAUGGUUUAAUGAUAUCUAUUAUUGACUUCACUCUAUCAAGAAUAAACACAGGUGAUAGAAUACUGUAUUUAGAUCUUUCCUCUGAUCCUGACCUAUUUAAAGGACCGAAAGGGGAUAAACAGUCAGAAACAUAUAGGAGGAUGAAGGAGGUCACUGAAGAUUGGUGGGAAGGAAGUUGUCCUAAAACAAACGUUUUAUGGUUGAUCUACUUGGUAGACAUACUCCUCAUGAAGAAAUCAUUUGAACGUACCUCAAAGCACGAGAGAGAUCUACGCUCCUUUAAGAAACGUCUUGACAAGUAUGAUUCGUCAAAGGAAGCAAUUAGUGAUCCCUUCUUCACUGAUUUGUUCAUUGAGUCUGACGCAAUGGUUUAACAAUCUAUAGCUCCUUUUCCCUAUCUAACAUGUCAUUUUGCAAAACUUUAUCCACCUUUUUUGCAUCAUCGGAAGCAACUCACUCCAUUGUUCAAAGUGAUCCGUACAAGGUGAAUUAUGGUUUGCUAAGUUAACUGAGAAUUUUCUUCUGUAAAUAUUUGGGAAUGAUACUUGUACUCUGGUAUAUAAUUCUGAGUUAAUUCACAUUUUAAGUUUAAUGUUUAGAAUUGACAAUAUUUUUUGUCCCCAAAAA